AUGCUGAUCGCAGGCCUCGUGCCGGAGGGAGCAGUUGACUAUGACCCGAUGGAGCAUCUAAACAUGCUCUUCUCCCAACCUUCAACCGUCAAAUCAAUCAGCCAAGUCUCGAAAGCCCUAAAAGCACACGAGAAUGCUCUGUCCAGCGAAAUCAAUCGCCUCGAGCUCGAACAGGCGUACAAGCCGGACUCUAGCUUGGAGAGGAUGCAGUCGGCGCAGACUGAGCUGGCGCAGCUAUUCAGGAAGAUUGAGACGGUUCGGUCACGAGCGAUAGAAACAGAGCAAAACAUCACGGUCAUGACGGCAGAGAUCAAGCGAUUGGACGGCACGAAGCGGAAUUUGGCGCUGAGCAUGACGGCGUUGAAGAGACUGCAGAUGCUGACGACUGCGUACGAGCAACUGCGUGGGCUAGCAAAAGCAAGGCAGUACCGCGAAUGCGCUGGUCUUUUGCAGGCCGUGAUACAGCUCAUGAAGCACUUCAACAGCUACCGAAGCAUUGAGCAGAUUGCGACGCUAAGUCGCGAGGUGUCGGAGCUUCAGAGGGAGCUGCUGGAGCAGGUUUGCGAGGACUUUGAGAUGGCGUUUGCCAAGAGCGAGGUAUCCUCGAGGAAAAACAUGCUGGUGGAGGCGUGUCUCGUCAUGGAUGCGCUGGGCGAUGCGGCCAGGUCGAGAAUCAUCACCUGGUACGUCAAUACGGAACUGCGAGAAUACCGGCAAGUCUUCCGGGGAAACGACGAGGCGGGGAGCUUGGACAAUAUCGGACGGAGGUACGCGUGGUUCAAGCGCAUGAUGAAGACGCACGAGGACGAACACGCGGCCAUGUUCCCGUCGUACUGGCACGUGGGGGAAUUGCUGGCCACGACUUUCUGCGACGGGACCAGAGACGAUUUCAAAGCCAUACUGGAGAGGAGCGUGCGGCGCGUGGACGGCAGCAAGGUCGACGUGAAUCUCCUGUUGAGCUGCCUGCAAGAAACGCUCGGUUUCGAGCAGAGCAUCGAAAAGAAGUUCUCGAGCGGGCGCGAGCCGAGAGCGAGCAUCGACACGCUGAGCUCGGCAGAGGAGAAGACGUACAACUUCAACGGCCUCAUCUCGGUCGCGUUCGAGCCCUACUUGAGCUUGUGGGUCGAGUCCCAGGACAAGCAGCUGGCGGCCACGAUUCCCAGGUAUCGAACGCAGCCGCUGCUCCCUGCGGGCGAGGAAUUCUCACCCCAGGCCGUCAUUUCGUCGGCGAUUGAGCUGUUCCACUUUUACAAGCUCACCCUGUCGCAAUGCUCCAAACUCUCCACCAGCGAGCGACUGCUGGACCUUUCCAAGGUGCUGUCCAAGUACCUGGACGAAUACGCGCAGCAGGUCCUGCUUCCCGUCCUCCAAGCGGGGGGAUCCCAAGGCCCGUCCGUGCAGCAUGCCGUGCUGGUGUUGAACACUGCGGACUUCUGGCACGUCAACACGAACCAGCUGGAGGAGAACAUCAAGAAACGCAUCGACGGCGAGCUCGUUUCCAGAGUGGACCUGUCCUCGCAGUCGGACGCGUUCCUGGGGGUUGCCAGCGCCGCAGUGCUUGCGUUGGUGCACGUUGUCGAGGUGGACUGCGCGGCUACGUGGCGUGAGAUGAAGAACACGAACUGGAUGACGAUGGACAGCGCGGGCGACCAGAGCUCGUACGUGGGGGAGUUGGUGACGCACGUCAAUGGCAAGGCGGCAGAGAUACUGGCGGUGGUGUCCAAGCAGCAGUACGCGAGAGCGUUCUGCGACAAGCUGGUCGAGCAGCUGGCUACGGGUUACAUCAAUAACAUGGUGCAUUGCCGACCGAUUUCAGAAGUCGGCGCACAGCAGAUGCUCGUUGACAAGUACGCUCUGACGAAAGCCUUUGGCAACCUACUCUCCCACCACAACCCAUCCUCGGCGCAGCAGACGCCGCCAUCGAGCUUCGUCCGCCGCGUCGAGCACUCGAUGAACCGCAUGGACCCUCUGCUCAAAACCCUCCAGAUCAGGCAGUCGCCGCCAGAGGGCCUCGUCCAGGGCUACCUCAUCCACAUUGGCGACCGGUCCGACGCCAACUUCAAGAAGAUCCUGGACCUCAAGGGCGUCCGGAAACAAGACCAACCCCACCUCAUGGAACUGUUUGCCAUCCACAGAGACGGCAGCUCUCACGGAAAGCUGGUGCAAAACUCGCCCCUCCUGACGCCGCUCAUGUCGCCGAGCAGCGGUGGCCUGGGGCCGGGAGGAAGCGGCAUUGGUGGGGUGAACGCCGGCGCAAGAUUCGACGCGGGUUCCCUGGGGGAGAAGUUGCUGAGUGCGGCGAGGGACAUUGGCACGACGACAACAGGGCAGAGCGUCGAAAAGGCGACGAUGAAUGAGAAUCUAAGAAACUUUGGGAAAUUCUUCAGGAGGGACAUUGGUGGGUUGGGGGUGAGGUUUGGCAAGAGCGGCGAGGAUGGGCGGUCAUGA